GUCGAAUAUCAAGACAGCAAGAUUCCGCACGCGCUUUCCAAGGCAAUUAUCGUAUCAACUAGUGAAACAUGGCUCUCGACCUUACUCAGCUCAAGGGGCUGUUCUUCGAUAUCUAUGCCACUCUAAUCGAUUGGGAGGCGGGAAUAUACCCUCAUUUGUAUCGUUUGAGUCAACGCGCACCACAAAGCCAACGCCUCAGUGACAGUUCGGAAACACGAACAAAGCUGCUCGGUCUCUACGAACACUACUGCAAGAAAAUAUGGAAGGAUCAUCCCGCUAUGUUGUUUCCUGAGGUUCUCGAAAAAGUCUACGCUCACAUAGCAUCUGAUCUGGGUGCUGAGUUGGACCUAGAAGCCCAGGCAGCCUUUGGAAGAAGCAUCGGAGAAUGGCCUGCCUUUCCAGAUACCAUUGACGCCAUGAAAGUACUUGCCAAAUACUAUAAGCUCUUUGUGCUGAGCAACGUUGACAACGCGAGUUUUGACCGGACUCGAACAGGACCGUUGGGGGGAGGACAUUGGGACGGGAUCUAUACCGCAGAGAUGAUCGGGUCUUACAAGCCGGACCCCAGAAAUUACCAAUAUGUCGCCAAACGUAUGGAGGAGGACUUUUCCAUCGAAAAGGACGAGCUCAUCAUCGUUGCACAAAGCUUGGAUAUUGACCACAUAACAACCACAAAGCUGGGAUUUAAGCCUGGGGUUUGGAUUGCACGCAGCCAGAACUCCACUAUGGGAGGAAAACGAGAGGAGUUGGAAAGUCAGGGGCUGUUGAAACUAGGUGCCGUCUACGAGACUCUGGGAGAAUUUGCCGCAGCUGUAGAAAAGGCCUUUGCAGACAAAAAGAACUAAGUUAUCAUGUCAACUGAAAGAGCAGUGAGUUAG